AUGGUCGGUCCGCCCGGCUGCACCGCCGCACACUUCAAGGUACCCCGAUUGCGCCGUUGCCCUUUUGAUCCGGAGGACCUGGUAUUCGAAACCCGCCUCGGCGGCGGCGCCGAUGGAUGCGUCCGGAAGGUCCGCCUCGGCAAAGAAAGGCCCUUCGCUCUCAAGAUGUUUUGGGACUUCGAGCCGCCCAAAACCUUGCGAUACUGGGGCGUGCAGCGCGAGUGCCAGAAUGCCGCCCUGCUCCAGAUGAUGGAGACCGCCGUCGAGCAAGCAGUUGCCGCCCAACGCCCCGUCCUAGUCAUCCCCGACCCAGCUUCCCACGACGAUGCGAAAAUAAACCAAGCAGCCUUCUGCGACGAGGGCCGACAGCACCAGCCUCAGCUGCCAACCCAACAGUCAGAGCUCUUAGCCACCGCCAUUGGUGCUUCUCCUGAGUCCGGCGCGGCAGGCGAAACCCCGGCCGCGAUGCCAAGUGUCCGCGCCAUAACGAAAAUCCCGCGCAUGAAGAAGUGCUACGGUUGGUUGACCCUUCUCCGCGGCCUGUUCGACGGGACUCCUUCGUGGCUACGGCCCCCGUGCCUGACCUUCGGCAUGAAGCUGAAGCGCUUUAUGCAGCCCGAUCAGGAAUACCCAGCCAUACUGUACGAGUACGCCGAGGACGGAGAGAACGACCCGAGCAAAGUGCAGGAAGCUCUGGACUUUUUUUGGCUGGCCGGUUUCAGCGCCACCAUGUCCCCGCUGGCGAGGAACUGGAAGAGCAAUGUGCUGCUUGACCUGAGCGAUAUCGUCCCUGCUCGAGGCUUUGGCUGGAAGGAACGUUAUUAUCAGCCGAGAAAUGCGGAAAUCGUGCUUUCAAUAGGAGCGGGCCUGAAUGAGGAGGACUACGGCUUCGAUGGGUACCGGCCGCCCCCCGAGGUCGUGGCCCGUGCCAUGGCUUUGAAGUACAGACCCCAAGGACCGCCUCCGCCGCCUCCGCGUCCAUCUUGGGCGGUGCGGGACCGCCAUGUUGUGAUGGCGGAGCGACGGCGCAUCAGGGGGCUUUCCCGCAUGAAAACGCCCCAGGCCGUAAGCGCCGAGGCGAGCCAGCCCACGGCGACGAUUGAGCGUGCCAAAACAACCGAACCCACAGGAACGACCGAGCUGUCUCAAAGCAGCCCCAGCAGCAGCACCAUCUCGGGUUUGAUGCCCAACACGUCUCCGCCCUCGCCCAGCUCGAGCGGUGAACGUUUCGUCCCCAGCAAAACGAGGACGCCAUUCGGCUGCCCAAGCUCGGGCUCGCCGGGAGGGCCGGAGGAUUUGACCGUUGAUCAAGGGUCGAUGAUAUUAUACCGCUGCCUCAGCGGUGAUGAAGGGGGCAUCUCGUGGUAUGACGAUACACCUUGCUCGUCCUCAUCUGACGACAACGAGAACAAGUCGGAGAAGUAG